GCUUACUUUGGACAGGCAGCAGCUAGGUUCGUGGGAAGAUUCAGUUGCCGAGAGAGAUUGGAGACAAUUUUCCAUGAGUUAAACCAAACUAUAGAGGAGUUUGAUGGUAGAACCAACAAGGAGUGGGAAGAACGCCUUAAAGUGCAUUUCUUCGAAUUAAUUAUAGCCCUUCGACCCCGUAUUCGACUCAAUGGAACUUGUCUGUAA